AUGCAGAAUGAAGAAGAACCAGAAUCCAUCGAGACUGAGCAAGGUCAAUACUUGCUCACUGCAGAGGAUGCCGAGCUUUUACAGGAAAUUCUCAAUCACAAUCUCUCAAAUCAGUCGGGUGAGAAACGGAAAUUCAGGUUCCAGGACCUGAAUUUCACCCGACAAUUGAGUACUUUUCAAAAUUUGGGGACGACUGCCCCCCAGUUCCAUGGUUUUUUCGUUCUCUUCUGGAUGGGGGUGACCCUGAUGUUGUUCAGGCUUGCUGCCAAUAAUUGGAGAACCUAUGGCAGCAUAUGGGGCAAGAAUGAGAUUAUCCGUCUCAUGAUGGAUAAAGAUGUCAUGGUUCUCGGCCUGACUGACUUGCUUCUUUGUUGGUCCACGGGGUUUUGUCUGAUACUACAACGAGUGGUUCUCAAGGGAUACGUUCGCUGGAACGGUCUUGGUUGGCUCAUUCAGAAUAUCUGGCAAACUACAUAUCUUGGAGUCGUUAUAUGGUGGACAUACCAUCGCGAUUGGCCGUGGACACACACGGUCUUCAUCGUAUUGCAUUGCUUGACUAUGCUGAUGAAGCAACACAGCUAUGCAGCCUACAAUGGCUACUUAUCGGAAAUGUAUCACAAACGAAAUAUGCUGAAAGCAAGUCUUGGCCAAACCAAAGCCAAAGAAAGAGGAUAUGCUACCUCCGCCAAAGCCAAAAAGGGGCACUCUUCUGCAGUCGAUACACAACUCAAUGCUGAGAUUACAGAUCUCAAGAGGAAAGACCGUAGUCGGCGCUCUUCUGAUCUCCAAAACUAUUCUCGAUCCCAUGAAACCGACCAGCUUUUAUCUCUUAUUAGAACAAUCGAGACCGGUGUGCCACUUGAACCGAACCAGGUUAAAUCCCUCCGAGAACUGCUCGAGCAGGAGAUCGAGGUCUUAUCUGAGGGAUUAAAGGGGCGGUGUUCACUGACCAACAAUCACUAUCCUCAAAACUUGACAAUAGGAAAUAUCUGCGACUUCAUGUCAUUGCCCACAUUGGUUUAUGAGCUUGAAUAUCCCCGGACCAAGAGGAUUGACUGGUUCUAUGUCGCAGAGAAAACACUCGCCACAUUCGGCAUCAUUGUGGUUAUGAUUGCAGUCUCUCAAUCGUGGAUAUACCCGGUGGUAAUGGACACGGUACGUAUGAAAGAGGAGGGAAUGACCGCGCAGCAGAGACUUCGGGAAUUUCCCUGGGUUCUCGGUGACUUGCUUUUCCCGUUCAUGAUGGAGUAUCUACUGGCAUUCUAUGUGAUCUGGGAAUGUGUUCUCAAUGCUAUAGCCGAGAUCACCAUGUUUGCAGAUCGAGGGUUCUAUUCCGAUUGGUGGAACUCUGUCUCUUGGGAUCAGUUCGCACGGGAUUGGAACCGUCCUGUCCAUAACUUCCUGUUUCGGCAUGUAUACCAUGGCUCCAUCAGCGAAUACCUCGAGGUCUACAUUUCACGGCCCGAGCGCUCUAACAAGCGUUCCAUCCUGUUGCUUACCGAUGUAAUUGGUCACCGCUUCAUUAACGCGCAGCUUAUUGCAGACCAGCUAGCGGCAAAUGGCUACCUGGUCGUCAUGCCAGACCUAUUCCACGGUGACCCGGUGCCGUUGAACAACCGCCCUGCUAGCUUCGAUCUGAUGACCUGGCUAAAAGGCCCCCCAGGUCAUCUGCCAGACCGUGUAGAACCCGUGGUCCGGGCGAUACUAACGGAAAUGAAGUCCAAAAUGGGCUGCGAGCGGGUCGGUGCUAUCGGAUAUUGCUUCGGGGCAAAAUACGCCGUACGACUACUCCAGCCAGGCUUCUGUGAUGUCGCCUAUGUGGCACACCCCAGUUUCGUCGACGCAGAGGAAUUACAAGCAAUCAAAGGCCCGCUGUCCAUUGCUGCGGCUGAAACCGAUUCAAUCUUUCCCACCUCGAAGCGCCAUGAAUCCGAGGAUAUCCUGGCCAAAACAGGCCAGCCGUACCAGAUCAACUUGUUCAGUGGCGUUGAGCAUGGAUUUGCUGUCCGGGCAGAUAUCACUAAGCCGACCAUUCGCUUUGCCAAAGAGUCUGCCUUUUUGCAGGCAGUUGCAUGGUUUGAUCAGUACCUCUAA